CCGUCCUUCGAGGCUUACUUCACCGAGAUCCUCCUCUGCAAGAACGAGCUCAACACCACCCUGAACAACCUGUCCCACUGGAUGAAGGACGAGCACACGGACAAGAACCUGGUGACCCAGCUGGACUCGGCCUUCAUCCGCAAGGACCCCUACGGCGUGGUGCUCAUCAUCGCGCCCUGUAACUGUGUCAUCAUCAAACCCUCGGAGAUAGCCAAGCACACCGAGAGGCUUCUUGCCGAAACGCUGGCCUGCUACCUGGACAACGUAAGAAGCUGCAGCCCCUCCGGGGGGAGGAUCAUCAGGGCAGCCGCCGCCAAGCACCUGACGCCGGUGACGCUGGAGCUGGGGGGCAAGAACCCCUGCUACGUGUCCGACACCUGCAACGUGCAGAACGUGGCCCGGCGGGUGGCCUGGGGCCGCUUCUUCAACGCCGGGCAGACCUGCGUGGCCCCGGACUACGUGCUGUGCAGCGUGGAGAUGCAGGAGAAGCUGAUGCCCUUCCUGCGCGAGGCCAUCACCGAGUUUUUCGGCUCCAACCCUCGGGAGUCCCCCGACUUCGGCCGCAUCGUGGGGGACAAGCAGUUCCGCCGCGUCCGGGCGCUGCUGUGCAGCGGGCGCGUGGCCAUCGGAGGACAGACGGACGAGAAGGAGCGCUACAUCGCUCCCACGGUGCUGGCGGACGUCCUGCCCUCUGAUCCCAUCAUGCAGGAGGAGAUCUUCGGGCCCAUCCUGCCCAUCGUCGUCGUGGCCAGCAUGGAUGAAGCCAUCGACUUCAUCAACGCACGGCCGCGGCCGUUGGCCCUCUACGUCUUCUCCUGUGACAGCAAGGUGGUGAACCAGGUCCUGGAGCGGACCAGCAGCGGUGGCUUCUGCGGCAACGACACCCUGAUGCACGUGACGUUGCCCUCGCUGCCCUUCGGUGGGAUCGAAUAUUCCCUGCGGAAAAUAUCUCAGUUUAUGCUGCUCGUGCUCCGCAUUUCCGUCGGGGCCGGCAGCUGA